ACGGCAACUACGAAGCCAUGCAUAUUCCAUUAUAUUGUGAAAAGUGGCGGACUGGCCGCCAAAUUCAGCAAAAUGAUUAACAACAAGGGAAGAACUGACAAGACGACCGACCAGAAGAAACAUGGCAAUGGCAAGCUCUCAGUGCCUUGUGAACCCACCAAUCCUCAGCCCCACUUGUGGAGCAGGGACUGUCCAAGAACUUGCGGGUCUCAAAACUUAUGUCACUGGCCCUUCUGAUUCUAAGCUCGCUAUUCUCUUCCUUUCUGAUGGUUUUGGCUAUGAAGCACCCCUGUUUAGGAAACUUGCAGACAAAGUUGCAGCAUCUGGAUUUUUAGUUGUGGCUCCUGAUUUCUUUUAUGGUGAGCCUGUUGAUGUGAGGAUCCCUCACUUUGAUGGAGAUGCUUGGGUAAAAGCUCAUGACACGGACAAAGGAUAUGAAGAUGCCAAACCAGUGAUUGGUGCUCUCAAAAGUAAAGGUGUGUCUGCCAUAGGGGCUGCAGGUUUUUGCUGGGGAGGGAAGGUGGCUGUGAAAUUGGCAAGUACUAAUGAUAUUCAGGCAGCCGUUCUGUUGCAUCCUACCUGGGUCACGGUUGAUGAUAUCAAAGAGGUUAAGAUUCCGGUUGCCAUUUUGGGAGCUGAAAUUGAUCUUUAUUGCCCAGUAGAGCAAGUGAAACAAUUUGCAGAGAUACUGUCAAUCAAAUCUGUGUGCAGAUUGAUUCCUUUGUUAAAACAUUCCCUGGUGUCUCGCAUGGAUGGACAGUGAAGUACAAAGUUGAAGAUGAAUCUGCUGUCAAGAACGCUGAAGAGGCUCAUGAAGACAUGUUAAACUGGUUUACUAAGCAUGUCAAGUGACAAAAUCAGUACCAGGAGCCAAGUGAUUGGCUUGGUUCAGUGUUUUAAUUAUCCUUGUGAUUUUCCUGCGUUAGCAUAAUCAUUGCUGGAUAUUGGGCUACUCAGAAUAUCAACCUUUCCUUUAAAAAAAAAAACUUGCUAAAUUCAGUUACCAUCGAUAACAAUGUUUUUAGACUCGGAUCGAGCAUUAAUUUAGUGAAAGGGUCGGUCCAAGUCAAUUAACUAUUGGAUCAAUUGACUAGUGGUUAUACACAUUAUAUUCGUUGAUUAGGUGUUGGAAUUUAAGAUCCAACAACUGUGAAAAUUUUUAUUUUCCUUAUAAAUUUGUGACUCAAG